GUUAAAUUUCCCUGCCACAUAUGUCAAAUGUUCUUGUUUGCAAAGGCUAGUGUUUAAGUGUGGAUCUGCUGAGCUUCUCGUCUCCUAGCUGGCUGCUCUACUCUGCUCUACUCUGCUGGGCUUGAAUAACUGAUAAAGAAGACUACUAGAACCAUGUGCUGUCACAACCCCAUCCAGAGGGUAGAGAUGGGUGCUGCUUGUGCUCAGCUCCUCUUCGCUGCCAUCUUCUGGUCAAUGCCUUACACUGGAGCUGCUGCUGUGCUGUCUCUGUCCAAAUCCAACCAGACAGACCUUCUCCAACUACCUAGACCUGCCUACGAGGCAGACUCUGACUGGAGUAAUCUGAAUCUUACUAGCAUCAACAUGCCUCGUAGCCGAAGGAGGAGAGCCAUCUCCUCCAGAGAAAUGAAUGCCUUGUUGGAUUAUCACAACAGUGUCCGCUCCCAGGUCUUCCCUCAAGCUGCCAACAUGGAGAUCAUGGUGUGGGAUGGGAAACUGGCAAAAUCAGCAGAUUCCUGGGCCUCCCGCUGCAUAUGGGAUCAUGGACCCUCACAGACCAUGAGAUAUAUGGGCCAAAACCUGUCCAUCAACUCUGGCAGAUACCGAUCAGUCAUUGAGCUGGUGAGGUCCUGGCAGGAUGAGAAAAACUCCUUCUCCUACCCCAACACAUGCAGUGGACCAGUUUGUUCCCACUAUACACAGAUGGUAUGGGCCAAUACCAAUAGGAUGGGAUGUGCCAUCAGCAAGUGCUCAAACAUGAACGUGUAUGGGAGCUCUUGGAGAACAGCAGUGUUCCUGGUUUGCAACUACUCUAUCAAAGGGAACUGGGUUGGAGAGGCUCCCUACAAAAGUGGCAAACCAUGCUCUGCUUGUCCAUCAAAAUAUGGAGGUUCGUGUAACAGAAACCAGUGUUCCUCCGCUGGUUCAAAAGCCAAAGCCAAGAAACGAAAAAGAUAUUAAAACAUAUUGGACGUCAGUCACAUUUUCCCUGUUUUAAUGGAAGACUUUAAAUAAUUAACUGUUUCUGUUGAACCAUUCCACUGAUCUCAUGAAAAAAAAAACAACUGCAAGAAAAGAUGUGUGAGAUGCGAAGAAUUUCUAAAUAAUAAUAGUAAUUAAAAAAAACAAUAACUGGUUUUGCAAAGUUGGAAGUAACAAAAAAUUACAAAAAAGUUUCUGUGAUUAAAUUACAGUACCACUAUUUUUGUGUUUAUUAUUAACAAAUGUUUGAUGCACCACCCACUGGAUGUUUAGGCAGCCCCCCCCACCCCCCCACCCCCCGGUCAUGAUGAUGUCAGUUCUCUCCUCUGCAUGGAAAUCAGCCUAAUUAUAAGCCUAAGGAACUUAAAUCUACAUAAACUCUUGGGUUGCAAAGCUCCAUUUGGGGCCAGGACAUACAGAACCCAGCUACCUAAA